AUGCCCUCGAUCACCAAGCGCACCUACGGCUCGCGCGCCGCCGCUCACCCGAUCCCAGUCGCGCAGCAGCUCCUCGCGUGCUGUGAGCGCAAGCAGACCAACCUGUGCGUCUCGGUCGAUGUGACCAAGAAGGCGGCGCUCCUGCGCAUUGCCGACGCCGCCGGCCCUUACAUCUGCUGUGUCAAGACGCACAUCGACAUCGUCGAGGACUUUGACCAGGACCUCGUGCAGCAACUGCAGGCGCUCGCCGACAAGCACGACUUUCUCAUCUGGGAGGACCGCAAGUUUGCCGACAUCGGCAACACGGUCCGGCUGCAGUACUCGUCGGGCAUCUACAAGAUUGCCUCGUGGUCGCACAUCACCAACGCGCACCUCGUCCCGGGCGAGGGCAUCCUGACAGGGCUCGCGUCGGUCGGCCAGCCGCUCGGGCGCGGCCUGCUCCUCCUCGCCGAGAUGAGCGCAAAGGGCAACCUCGCGACGGGCGACUAUACCCGCAAGAACGUCGAGGCCGCAAGGAGGUUCCCCGACUUUGUCAUGGGCUUUGUCGCCAUGCGUCGCGUCGACGAGCGGGAAGAGACGGCGGGCGGGGUUGCACCAGGCGAGGGGGCCGACUACGUCAUCAUGACGCCCGGCGUCGGGCUCGACUCGAAGGGCGACGGCAUGGGCCAGCAGUACCGCACGCCAGACGAGGUCGUCAACGAGUCGGGGUGCGACAUCAUCAUUGUCGGGCGCGGCAUCUACGGCGGUGGCGAGGGCAGCGCCGACGACGAGAUUGUGCGGCAGAGCAAGCGGUACCAGGAGGCGGGCUGGAAGGCGUACUUGGACCGGCUCGAGCAGUGAGGGCGGGGGCCCGCUCUCUCUUUUGUUUAGACGAACGCUGCAACGAGUCGAGGGCUGGAGAACGAC